AAAUGGAGGCAUGGAUUGCGAAGGGGAGAGUGUAGGACAUUGGAGAAUAUGCAAUCCAGAGGCUUGUCCAGAGGGAACACCGACCCAUCGAGAGGCACAAUGCACCGCGAAAUGGUCAGGAUCAUAUCCCUAUAAGUUACCUGACAGACAUCCUUGUCAGUUGGUCUGUAAGUAUGGAACCAAAGUCCGGCCAUAUGGAACUGUGAAAGAUGGAACACGAUGUAGCCUGGACAGAAAAAUCAAAGAUGUUUGUAUCGGAGGCAAAUGCAAGUCUGUUGGUUGUGACAAUAUUCUGGAAUCUGGUGUGAAGUACGACCGCUGUAAAGUUUGUAACGGAGACAGUACAACCUGCAAAAUGGUCUACGGCAAAGUACUAACGCCCUGUAAAGGAAGUUGCACAGUUUUAGACGUUCCCAUUGGUGCAACGAAUAUAACGGUCAAUGAAGAAGUGGAAGACUGGAAUUUUCUGGGUGUAAAAGAUGAUUCUGGAAAAGACAUAUACCCUGUGACGCGUACAUGGAGUAUAUCUAAACACGCUGCAGGGACCAUUGUGUAUUAUUAUCACGAAAAGAACGAAGACGCUGAUAGAGUCUUCAUUCCCGGACCAACCAAUGAACAUCUUCAAGUCUACUAUAAGCAAUAUGUUGCAAGGCAGCCAGUGGAUUACUCGCUUAAUGAACCUGCUGGCGAUGAACAUCUAAAACCAGGAGCAGCUAAUUGGGUUAAAGGCGAAUGGAGUGUAUGCACACACUCAUGUGCAGGAGGAAUUCAAAUUAGGACAGUGGAAUGUAUCUUACAAACAGAUGCGACUUAUUUAAAUGAUGCCGUUUGCGAAAAAACGACUCCAAAACCCGCUAAACAGCAGGACUGUAACACUCAGAGCUGUCCUCCUACUUGGUACGUAUCUGGAUGGCGUCCAUGUUCUAAGACUUGUGGUAAAGGAGCGCAAACACGUGAAGUCGUUUGUCGACAAGAGGUAACCAGAGGAAAAUUCCAAACACUAUCCGACUCCAAAUGCACCGGCAACAAACCGUCUGACCCAGUGUCACGUGACUGCAAUAAGAUAGACUGCCCUGCUGAAAACGUUCCAGGAGAUUGGUCAGCCUGUUCCACUUCAUGCGGAGCGGGAAUCAAAACCAGGAAAAAGUCUUGUCAGCGGUUAAAAGAGACAGGUGUGUUUGAGCCUGUUCCGGAGGUCAUGUGUUCGGCAGCAACUGUUCCCCCUUUACAAGAAGGCUGCAAUCAGGAUGUAAAAUGCCCAGGUGAUCGCCUGUACGAACCAUUAGGAUGUUUCAGAGACGGUAACCCUAGAGCCUUACCACAACUGAUCAAAAACUUAAGGAAGGGCAUUAACUGGGGUGACAUGUCCGAGACCGUGGCGAAAUGCGCCAAGGCGACAGCAGAGACAGAUCCUAGUCUGAAGGUGUUCGGUCUUCAAUUCUACGGUGAAUGUUUCUCCGGUACCAAUGGUUUAAAGACAUACGAUAAAUACGGUGCCCUGCCUUACGGUAAAGAUAAAACUGAACAUUGCUGGGAAGGAGUGGGAAGCGCUGGAAUCAAUUUUGUUUACAAGUUUGUCGACUAAAGUGGAUUGGACUGAUGAUAAAACCUCUCUGAAUAUGAUGUGAAGAAUACUCAAACAAGAUCAAUGAAAAAGGAAUUACGGAAAAAAAUAUCAAGCACCUAACAUAACAGUUUAUGUAGUUACGAAUACUUAGCGCCAUUUUUCUUCCGUUUGCAAAAAAAAAAAACUUACUGUUAAGGUAUCAUGGGUGAAAUAUUAAACAGUCUAAAUAAACAAAGCUUGUCACCUUG